AUGUCCGUUCCAACCACCAAGUGGCCCAAUCUCAACGAUGACCCAACUACCACAUCCUCCAAUCUCAACGAUGGCCCAACUAUCACAUGCCCCAAUCUCAACGAUGUUCCAACCACCACAUCCUCCAAUCUCAACGAUGUCCCCAAACCACGUAACCCAAUCUCGACGAUGUCCCAACAACCACGGGGAACAAUCUCGACAAUGUCCCAACCACCACGUAGCCCAAUCUCAACGAUGUUCCAACCACCACAUCCUCCAAUCUCAACGAUGUCCAAACCACCACAUACAGCAAUCUCAACGAUUUCCCAACAACCACGUGCCCAAGUCUCUGCGGUGUCUGUCCCAACCACCACGUAG